UAAGAUUAGGUGAUAUCUGAGCGUCAUUCAGUGAAAAAGAUUUCAAACGAUUUGAGUUUCUUUGAAAUCAAAUAAAUUUUGGAGUAGUUUGAUUCUGUUGUUAAAUAUCUACUAUGAAGUCGUAUUCAAACGAUAACAAAAUAAAAUUUUGGAUAAUUCAGUUGAUAGCAUGGAUUUUAGUCAUCGGGGGUCUAAUGAUAGUUAACGACAAAACCGUUCCUACCUCAGAUAAAACGCAAUUGUCGGAUGAAGAAAUGCAAUCGAGGGAUAAAGAAAUACAAUUGCCCGAUAAACAAAAGCAAUCGAGGAAUAAUGUAAUAGUACAAUUGUCGGGAUCGAGGGAUAAUGUAAUACAAUUGUCGGUAUCGAGGGAUAAUGUAAUACAAUUGUCGGGAUCGAGAGUACAAUUGUCGGAAAUGUCGGAUAAACAAAAGCAAUCGUUUGAUAAAGCAAUGCAAUCGAUGGAUAGAGCAAUGCAAUCGAUGGAUAAACAAAUGCAAUCGAUGGAUAAACAAAUGCAGUCGUUGGGUAAAGGAAUUAAUAGAAUUAGAAUCGUCGUUGGAUAAAGAAAUGCAAUCGUCGUCGAUGAGAAAAGGUCAAAGUAUUAAAAAAAAAUAUUCCAUAUCCAAAGAAGUUGGAGCUUGAUAACUCUCCGAAAAAUAACCAAAUUUUAGAAAAAGUUUCAAAAAAACAGGGCAUUAAAACCAGAUAAAUAUCUAUCGGUUACAGUUUUGGAUUUGGUUUCAGUUUUGCAUGAGAAGUUUCCGAUCUCAAUUUCUGUUUUGGUUUCUGUUUGGAAAAUAUCGUCCUUGGUUUUAGUCAACGUUUUUUUUUUAUUCAUUUUUUUUUUACAAUUGAUUUUACUGAAGUUAUCAGUUUUCGGUUUUGGUUUCGAUGUUUUUCUUUUCUCUCCAUUUUUUAGAGUGAAGAGGGGGGGGGGAGGAGUA